AUGCCACGUCCAUUAACAUACCCAGAUAACCCCAGUAAGAAACGAAAUAUAGAAGUUGAUGCGGAAUUCAGACCCAUUCGCAAGUCCUCGAAAGGUAUAACCUCCAAUAAAAUCAUAAACGAAUUAAGAGAAAAAGAAAAAAGGCAGUACUCACCAUUGUUAAAAAAUAUCAAACUAAUGCCAUUAACUAAUCCUAAAUUAUCUUUUGAACAAGCUCCCAAGGAUACUGAGAAUUCUAAUAAAAUUAUGGCACUGUCUGAGCAACCAUUAAAAACACUUCCCAUUUUGCCAGCUUAUAUCUCAAGUGAAACAGAUGCACUUACUCCAAAUAAAAAUUGUAUCUUUUUCGGAAAGAAACUACAAACAAUUUACAUCCCAAAGUACCUGGAGGAACAUAGCCAUUGUCACGUUCAUUCUAUUUCACUACAAGAGGAGUUUAGAAGCAGAUUACUAUCCGGGUUUCAUUGUUAUUGGAAGAGACAGGGAGCAUAUACUCAAUCGAGACGAGAUUCAGAAUUGAGCAGCCUUGACAACGUUUUUAAAACUCACUAUUCCAAUAAAUCCAUUUAUGCAAGUUACCUUCUUGUUGAUAAUGAAAACAAUUAUCAUCAUCUUUUAUCAGAACUAGAAGACAAGUUUAGAUCUGCAUCUCCAAAAAAUAUAAUCUUCAUUACGCUUGUUCUGGUCGAUUGGGACGAUCUUAGCCAUAUUGUCAGGCAAUUCAACCUCCAAUGUGCGUCUAUAAAUAAUAUACUUAAUUCUGCCUGCAUUGAACCACUUGAAGCGCCAUAUCCCAAAGACCCCUCUGUAUUAUUUGAGAUUCUUAAAAAAAGAAUGGAAGCAGUCAGAAGUUUAAACCCUGAUUUAAAUCUAAGUUGGAACUUGGUACUAUUUGGUUUAGAAAAUAUGACAUCAAAAAACAUACAAAGUUCUUUAUUGCAAGUAUACCACAUAUUGACUAAUUCAGACCAUGACAGCAUCUAUGAACCGGUAUCAUGUUCCAUGUUUAGCAUUACCCAUAAGGUUAGUGUACUUGAUCUUUUCGAUGGCACUUUAAGAAGUAAACUUAGCGACAAAAUCAUUCAACUUAGUUGCAAAGCAGAUACCUAUAAGGAGGAUAUUAAAAAAUCUCUCUUCAUUAAAACAGCAAAUACACUAAAUUUUAAUAUACUGGUCAAUUUAUGGAAUGAGUAUGUAAGAGAUGCCUUUGAGAAAGAACAUUCUACAAUUUCAAGAUUAAUAAUGAUGUCAUAUUAUACAGGCCGUCCUCAGACUACAGUAGCAGCACUUAUAGAAAAGCAACUUAAUGAUUCAACAAAAUUUGAAGAUUACCUUAACGUAAUUGAUGCCAGUUUUGAGAUGGUAUGGAAAAAUAAACGAAAGUUUUGCAUAAGAUGA